AUGUCGGUGAGGUUGAGUGCUGGAGACCAGGCAAGGAAGACAAGGGUGGACCCAGAGAAGCUUAGCGCGUUCCGCACCCGACGCGUCUUUUCGAUGAGCAUCGCCAACUUGACGAUCUGCUAUCUGCAUCUCCCAACAUCCCAGCCAAAGGAAAAAGCCGCCAUGCCCGCUCAGAAGCAGAUCACGAAGCCAGAGGAGGCUGGCGAGUCUUCGACGUCCGCAGCCAAGAAGGCAUUGACUGCGGCGUCAAACGGCGUUCCUAAUUAUGAGCUUCCCUGGGUCGAAAAGUACCGCCCAGUCUUCCUUGACGACGUUGUCGGAAACACCGAGACGAUUGAUCGCCUAAAGAUCAUUGCAAAGGAGGGAAACAUGCCGCACGUCAUCAUCUCGGGCAUGCCUGGUAUCGGCAAGACUACCAGUGUGCUUUGCCUGGCGAGACAAUUGCUCGGAGACACAUACAAGGAGGCUGUAUUGGAGCUCAACGCCAGCGACGAGAGAGGAAUCGACGUCGUUCGCAACCGCAUCAAGGGCUUCGCGCAGAAGAAGGUCACCCUGCCCCAAGGCCGCCACAAGCUCGUCAUCCUCGACGAGGCCGACAGCAUGACAUCAGGCGCUCAGCAGGCCCUCCGCCGGACAAUGGAAAUCUACUCCAACACGACGCGCUUCGCCUUCGCCUGCAACCAGUCCAACAAGAUCAUCGAACCGCUGCAGUCACGAUGCGCCAUCCUCCGCUACGCCCGACUCACCGACGAGCAGGUCGUCAAGCGACUGCUGCAAAUCAUUGAAGCUGAAAAGGUGGAAUACAGCGACGACGGCCUCGCGGCACUCGUCUUCAGCGCCGAGGGCGACAUGCGUCAGGCCAUCAACAACCUGCAGUCGACGUUUGCCGGCUUCGGCUUCGUGUCGGGCGACAACGUCUUCAAGGUGGUGGACUCGCCGCACCCGAUCAAGGUCCAGGCGAUGCUCAAGGCGUGCUACGAGGGCAAUGUCGACUCGGCGCUCGAAUGCCUGCGGGAGCUCUGGGACCUGGGGUACUCGAGCCACGACAUCAUCAGCACCAUGUUCAAGGUCACCAAGACGAUCCCGACGCUGAGCGAGCAUUCCAAGCUCGAGUUCAUCAAGGAGAUUGGAUUCACGCACAUGAAGAUUCUGGAGGGCGUGCAGACGCUGCUGCAGCUGAGCGGCUGCGUUGCGAGGCUCUGCAAGCUCAACAUGGACCCCAAGAGGUUCGAGGCUCCCUCAAAAUGA